AUGGACUCCGCCAUCAACCCCACGAGCGGCAUCACCGACGCCAUCCCCGAGGCCAACAAGCCCUCGGCGCCAGCCAUGCCUGCGAACACUGGCAACGUCACCAAGCGACUGCAGACGGAGCUGAUGACGCUGAUGAUGUCGCCGUCGCCGGGCGUGUCAGCGUUCCCCAACGAAUCCAACUUCCUCGAGUGGACAGGCACGAUCGAGGGGCCCGAGGGCACGCCGUACGCGGGGCUGAGCCUCAAGCUGUCGUUCUCGUUCCCGGCCAACUACCCGUACGCGCCGCCGACGGUGCUGUUCAAGACGCCCAUCUACCACCCCAACAUCGACUUCUCGGGACGCAUCUGCCUCGACAUCCUCAAGGAGAAGUGGAGCGCCAUCUACAACGUGCAGACAGUGCUGCUGAGCCUGCAGAGCCUGCUGGGCGAGCCGAACAACGCGAGCCCGCUCAAUGGCCAGGCCGCCGAGCUCUGGGAUAAGGACUUUGAGGAGUUCAAGCGCCUUGUCCUCGCGCGCCACCGCGACCUGACGGACGAGGAGCUCAACGGCUCGGCUUGA